AUUCGUUUCGAAGCUUCAGGCAGUAUGCCCAAGGAACUCGCGACGUUCUUCGUCUCCCAUGGCUCCCCUAGGAUGCUUGUGGACCCAUGUCCAACCACCGAAUUUUACAAGAAGAUUGGCGAGUACGCGAGGAAAGAGGGUAUCAAUGGUAUUGUUUGGAUGGCUGCACACUGGGAGACACCGCUCGACACUAUAGAAGUCGCGUAUAACCCCAGGCCUAACAAAGACUUUGUCGCUUUCGUGCCACCUGAAGUGCUUCAGUGGUACAGCGACUACCAGAUCAAUGCUGACACUAAACUGGCUGAAAGAGUGCACGACAAGCUGAAGGAUGCCGGGUUCAAUGUUUCUCUUAACCCCACGGCUAUCUGGCAUCAAGACGUCAUGAUUCCUAUGCGAUGGAUGUACCCUGACUACCACGAGUGCCCCCCAAUGGCGGUCAUGUCUGUCAAUGGCAGAUUCGACCCGUGGUUCCACCUCAAAGUUGGUCUUACUCUCCGCUCUCUUAGGGCGGACAAGAUUCUUUUGAUCGGCAGUGGUGGAGGCAUCCACAACCUGUACACCGUUUCGUGGCACAGGAUUAUCUUCUACCAGGACACGGCUACGCGCACAAAGCCAAUCGACCCCGAGCUGGCUGCCUUUGCUGCCUCCAUGAGGGAGUCCGUGAAUCGCAACUCCGGCCCGCAGCUGGGCAAUGCUUUGGCCAGACUGCUGCAGCAUCCUCACUUCCUCAAGAGUAACCCGACUCCGGAGCAUUUCCUUCCCAUGAUCUAUGCCGCUGGGGCGUGCAGCACGUGGGAUGACACCAAGUAUAUCAACACCUUCGGGGGCGAGAAUUGGGAGAUGGACACUCAGUUGAACGCGAACUUCGCGUUUGGACUGGACAGGGGCAACAGGAUUUUCCUUGAUGGUUCUCAUGAUAUCAUCUCGGCUUCGGAAGAAACCGAAAUCCCACAAGCCCAGGCGGCUCCUGCCUUGAUUACUGCUGCUGCAUAAGCAUCGUAUACAUAUGAUACAUUAUUUAUCCUGUACCUGAUCAUACAUCUGCGCAUAAAGAUAGAUGUGGAUAUAAUGUUAAUGGCUUUUCUAUCUACAAGGAGUCUUAACGCAAAGAGUUCAUGUUGGCCUACUGCGUGUCGAAGGUGGUUUGGAGGCAUACGCAUACCGCGUUUGCAUAUCGUUCGCGUCGAAAGGGAUAAGCUUUGCACCCCCUUUCGCACGAGAGGAGUUCUCCUCCGCUAUAGUCUUAUUUAUGCAGAUAUUAAGGAAAUGCUCCUCGUACCGGCGACGCUUUAUCUCUGCAAGCCCAGGCUCGUACGUCUCCGAUAACACUCGCCGAAAAUCGCCAAAGUCCUUGAUUGAUGUUAAGCAGAGCAUCUCUAAACAUUCAUCGCUUAAUACCUCUUCUUCGGACUGUAGACUCUCCUUCUCGACGAGCAUUUUCCGAAUAUCACGAAGCUCCUUGAUACAACGUUCGUUAGGGUCGCAGGUAGUUGAUUUGCUGGGCUUGGGCGCCUCUCUGGUUGCGUGGGCAGGUGUAACUUCAACUACCUCAUCAUCGAUCAUGGUGAGAUCAGUAG